CCAGCCGUGUCGAAUAAAUCACUGUCGAUCACUCGCAAGUCGGAGAAUCUGAAAUUUUGCUGUGGUUAUCGAAAUUCGUGGUUAUCGACAGUUCUCCGUCAGCUGUGUUGAUUCCGGGGUGAAAUUCUCAAAAAUGACUUUUACCAAAACCGUCGAAAUUGGCCGAGUGGCGUACAUCGCCAAAGGGAAAAAUGUUGGAGAAUUGGCCACUAUUGUCGACGUCAUUGAUCAGAACAAGACUUUAAUCGAUGGCCCGUCAAUUCCUCGCCAGGUCGCCAACUUUCGCGACCUCCACCUGACAAAAUUGAAGACGAAAAUCUCGCACACGGCUUCCCACAAGGCUGUGGUUGCAGCAUGGGAUAAAGGAGACAUUGCGACAGCGUGGAAGAAUUCCAACUGGGCAAAAAAGCUGGAACGCCAGAAAAAAAGAGCCGCGAUGACUGAUUUUGACAGAUUCAAGCUGAUGCGUGCAUUGCAGGCGAGGAACAAAUUAGUCAAACUGGAAUUUGGCAAACUAAAGCGUCUCCAAAGCAAGAAAAACGGAGGCGAAAAGAAACCUACUGCAAAAGGAAAAGGACCUGCGAAAUAAAUAUUGUCUUUGUUUACCAGCAUUUUUCGAUCUCAUGUAUUUGUGGAUUAAUCGCUUGGGCGAUUGGAAUAGUUUAGACUUGGCGAAAAAUCUGAAUUAUUGAGUACUACUAUUAGUAAUACUAUGCUUCAAAUUGUUUUAUGGUGCCAUUCAUAAAUUCGAUCCGAUUC